AUAAAUGGCAGCUUACAGUGUAGCAGCAAAACAAAAACAAAAAGACCUUAACAAUCCAGACUGCAAUGGAAAACGAUCAAAGGGCCUGGUCGGCUCAUGCCUUAGCCUUCCCUUUUCCUGCACAGGGACACAUAAACCCAGUUCUUCAAUUCUGUAAGCGCUUAGUCUCCAAAGGAAUCAAGGCCACACUUGUCACCACUAGAUUUCUCAGCAAAUCCAUCCACGUAGACCCCAGUAGCAACAUCGAUCUUGAAACCAUUUCUGAUGGCUUCGAUGAGGGUGGCCACGCACAGGCCGAGAGCGUGGAGGCCUACGUAUCAACAUUCAAAGCUGUAGGAUCAGAAACCUUAGCAAAUUUGAUCAGGAAACUGAAUGAUUCUGGUCACCCUGUUAAUGCCCUUAUAUAUGAUGGGACCUUCCCUUGGGCACUCGAUGUAGCCAAGGAGUUUGGACUUCUGAAAGUUAUGUUUUGCACUCAAUCUUGUGCAGUCAGCAUUGUAGCUUACCAUGUUCAGAGAGGUCUCCUUCGGGUGCCACUUUCAGGGCCAGUCGUUUCAAUUCCUGGACUGCCGUUGAUGGAAGCUGCAGAUACGCCAUCUUUUAUAUAUGAUCUCAGUACAUACACUGCUUUCUAUGAUGUGUUGGUUAAUCAGUUCAUUAAUAUUGAUGAGACUGAUUGGAUACUUCAUAGCUCUUUUCAUAAAAUGGAGGAAGAGGUGGUGGAUUGGAUGGCAAAACGGUGGAAAUUGAGAACGAUAGGGCCAACAGUUCCGUCCAUGUACUUGGAUAAAAGAAUUGAAAGCGAUAAAAGCUAUGCUAUCAAUCUCUUUAAGCCUAACGCGAGUGCUUGCAUAAAUUGGCUGCAUGCUAAGCCUGUUGCUUCAGUGGUGUACGUGUCCUUUGGAAGCGUGGCAGAGCUUGGAGUUGAACAAACGAGGGAGCUAGCUUGGGGCUUGAAAGGAAGCAAUUGCUACUUCUUAUGGGUUGUGAGGGCAACAGAGCUGUUUAAGCUGCCUGAAAAUUUCGUGGAGGAGACAAAGGAGAAGGGUUUAGUGGUUACAUGGUGCCCGCAACUGGAGGUGCUAACACACGAGGCAAUAGGGUGCUUUCUUACACAUUGUGGGUUCAAUUCAGUUCUUGAAGCUUUGAGCCUGGGAGUUCCAAUGGUGGCAGUGCCGCAAUGGUCAGACCAGCCUACCAAUGCUAAGUAUGUUGAGGAUGUGUGGAAAAUGGGUAUAAGAGCUAAGCCUGAUGAGGAAGGAAUUGUGAGAAGAGAAGUGGUGGAGGUCUGUUUAAGAGAAGUGAUGGAAGGAGAGAAAGCCAAAGAAAUCAGGGACAAUGCCAGGAACUGGAAGAGAUUAUCUAAAGAAGCAAUUGAUGAAGGUGGAACUUCGGACAAAAAUAUUGAUGAAUUUGUAGCUGCAUUACUUGGAAAAACUAUAUUAGGAAAUUGUGAUUUCAUAUAGAAAUUUUAUUUUAUAUACAUUUAUUCUGUUCCACAAAUUAUAUUUUUGUUUUAGAUAG